AAAUUCUUGGGUUUUAUGUGGAACCCACUCUCAUGGGUCAUGGAGGGUGCUGCUAUCGUGGCCAUUGUUCUUGCAAACGGACAGGGCAAGCCACCAGACUGGCAAGACUUUGUGGGUAUUGUGGUAUUGCUUCUUAUCAACUCAACUAUAAGUUUCUUAGAAGAAAAUAGUGCAGGCAACGCUGCAGCAGCUCUUAUGGCAGGUCUCGCCCUGAAAACCAAGGUUUUGAGAGAUGGGAGGUGGAUCGAGCAUGAGGCUGCUGUCUUGGUUCCGGGAGAUGUAAUCAGCAUAAAGCUGGGGGACAUUAUACCAGCAGAUGCUCGUCUGCUGGAGGGUGACCCGCUUAAAAUUGAUCAGUCUGCUCUCACUGGUGAGUCUUUGCCAGUUACAAAGAAACCAGGUGAUGAAAUCUUCUCUGGAUCUACUUGCAAGCAUGGUGAGAUUGAAGCUGUUGUGAUUGCCACUGGGGUGCACACCUUUUUUGGUAAAGCUGCUCAUCUCGUAGACAGCACCAAUCAAGUGGGGCAUUUCCAAAAGGUGUUGACAUCCAUUGGAAACUUCUGCAUAGUCUCCAUUGUAGUAGGAAUAAUCAUAGAGGCAAUCGUAAUGUGGCCAAUUCAGAGCCGCAAGUACCGGGAUGGUAUUGACAAUAUUUUGGUGCUUCUUAUUGGAGGAAUCCCUAUAGCCAUGCCAACCGUGUUGUCAGUGACAAUGGCCAUUGGAUCCCACCGGCUUUCACAGCAAGGUGCUAUCACAAAGAGGAUGACAGCUAUUGAAGAAAUGGCUGGAAUGGAUGUAUUAUGCAGUGACAAGACCGGCACCCUCACUCUUAACAAACUUACAGUAGACAAGAGCUUGGUCGAGGUAUUUGCUAACGAUGUUGACCAAGACAAUGUGAUUUUACUGGGCGCUAGGGCCUCCAGGAUUGAGAAUCAGGAUGCUAUCGAUGCUUGUAUUGUUGGGAUGCUGGCGGAUCCCAAGGAGGCCAGAGCAAGCAUCACUGAGGUGCAUUUCUUGCCAUUUAAUCCAGUGGAAAAGCGUACAGCUAUAACAUAUAUCGACCCUGAUGGCAAUUGGCACCGAGUUAGCAAAGGCGCCCCCGAGCAGAUCAUUGCACUGUGCAACCUCCGGGAAGAUGUAGCAAGAAAAGCUCAUGCCAUCAUUGAUAAGUAUGCUGAACGAGGCCUCCGCUCUCUGGCUGUUUGUAGACAAAUUGUCCCAGAGAAAACCAAGGAAAGCCCUGGAGGACCAUGGGAAUUUGUGGGCCUGUUGCCUCUCUUUGAUCCUCCUAGGCAUGACAGUGCAGAGACCAUUACUCGUGCCCUCAACCUCGGUGUCAAUGUUAAGAUGAUCACUGGUGAUCAGCUGGCAAUUGGCAAGGAGACUGGUCGGAGGCUUGGAAUGGGAACCAACAUGUAUCCCUCUUCUGCCCUCCUUGGGCAGCACCCGGAUGAGUCAACUGCAGCCCUUCCUGUUGAUGAGCUCAUUGAAAAGGCUGAUGGCUUUGCUGGUGUCUUCCCUGAGCAUAAGUAUGAGAUUGUGAAGAGGCUGCAAGCUAGGAAGCAUGUUUGCGGGAUGACUGGAGAUGGUGUAAAUGACGCGCCUGCUCUGAAGAAGGCAGACAUCGGAAUUGCAGUGGCCGAUGCAACUGAUGCAGCCCGUGGUGCAUCUGACAUUGUCCUGACAGAGCCAGGAUUGAGUGUGAUAGUGAGUGCUGUGUUAACAAGCAGAGCCAUUUUCCAGAGAAUGAAGAAUUACACCAUCUAUGCAGUGACUAUAACCAUCCGUAUUGUGCUGGGUUUUCUGCUCCUUGCUCUAAUUUGGAAAUUUGAUUUUUCUCCUUUCAUGGUUUUGAUAAUUGCCAUACUUAAUGAUGGGACAAUCAUGACUAUUUCCAAAGACAGAGUGAAACCAUCUCCACUUCCUGAUUCCUGGAAGCUUAAGGAGAUCUUUGCUACUGGUGUCAUUCUAGGCACCUACUUAGCUUUAAUGACUGUUGUAUUCUUCUGGAUUGUUCACAGUUCUGACUUCUUCUCUGAUAAAUUUGGUGUUAGGUCCAUCAGGAACAACCAUUACGAGCUAACAUCAGCUGUAUACCUUCAAGUGAGUAUUGUUAGUCAGGCACUCAUUUUCGUUACUAGGUCCCGAAGCUGGUCUUAUGUCGAACGCCCUGGUAUUUACCUUUUGAUUGCCUUUGUCCUGGCACAACUGAUUGCGACAAUCAUCGCUGUGUAUGCCAAUUGGGGAUUUGCGAGAAUCCAUGGAAUUGGAUGGGGAUGGGCAGGUGUUAUCUGGCUUUACAGCAUCAUCUUCUACAUCCCUCUUGAUUUCCUCAAAUUCAUAAUCCGCUAUGCUCUAAGUAGCAAAUCCCGGGAUAAUCUCCUCAAAAAUAAGACAGCUUUCACCUCAAAGAAGGAGGACGGAAAACGAGAGAGGAUGGCGCCAUGGGCUGCUGAUCAAGGACUGCAUCCUCCCAAAGGCUCAGAACUUUUCAAUGAUAAGAGCAACUACAGAGAGUUACAUGAUAUCGCUGAACAUGCCAAGAGGCGCGCUGAGGUCGCUCGGCUGAGGGAGCUUCACACACUCAAGGGUCAUGUGGAGUCAGUGGUGAAACUCAAGGGACUUGACAUUGAGACCAUUCAGCAACACUACACUGUUUGAAUGAGAAACAAUGAGUUUAUAGUGUUUUUUUUCUCUGGAGAGGGGAGAGAGUCCUAGGUUAGAGGGAUUAGGGUAUUAAUCUAUUUCAUUGUUCUUCUGACAAUCUUGAUUAUUAGUUUGUAAGAUAUGCAAGAUUUGGGAAUAAUCAACCCAACAUUGAA